CGGUGAUCCGCGGCGGCAGCAGGACGCGCACUGAGCGGCGCUGCGCAUCCUGCACCCUCCGGCUCGGACGCGGACUUUAAAAACUCGCUGUGAGGACUCGAGGAGCGACUCGGGACUCGCAUGCUGUCCCCCUCCUGCUGCGGCCGCGCGCGUCUCAACGGGUGACUCACUUCGCCACCAUGGCUUCGUCGGUGAGCGGCGCGGAGGAGAACCGGGUGCGCCCGCUGACGCCCCUCAAGUCUGUGGGUCUGGUGUGCGUGUUCCUGGCGCUGUGCCUGGACGGGGGCGCCGUGCUGAGCCCCGCGUGGGUCACGGCGGACGACCAGUACUACCUGUCCCUGUGGGUGUCCUGCUGGAAGCCCGUCAGCUCCGUGGACUGGUCCUGCAGCAGCACGCUGGCCACCGACUGGCAGAUCGCCACGCUGGCCCUGCUGCUGGGGGGAGCUGCCCUCACCCUGCUCGCCUUCCUCGUGGCUCUGGAGUCGCUCUGCUUCGGCUCCAGGAGUCGCUGCUACAAGCCGGUGGCCGUCAUGCUCUUCUGUGCAGUGGUGCUUCAGGUGUGCAGCUUGGUUUUGUUCCCCAUCAAGUUCAUCGAAACAGUCAGCCUGAGGGUGUACCACGAGUUUAACUGGGGCUACGGACUCGCCUGGGGAUCCACCAUCUUCUCUUUCGGAGGCGCCAUCCUCUACUGCCUCAACCCCAAGAACUACGAAGACUACUACUAGAAAACAGACGGGAGGAGAAGCUCUCCGUUUCACUCGGUGUCCACGUAGAAAUAGGAACACCGUCUGUUGCACGGUGCACAACCACAGACUAGGAAUAGGAAAAACAAAUGCUGAUUGAUAGUUUGAGGACUGGACUAGAGCUGUUCCAUUUGAUACUGUGAACUUAUUGUCUCAGACUCACUGGACUGAAGCCCUGAGCUCUCUCAGGAGAUUUGGCAGCAGCGAAAAAAAAAAAAAAAAAAAAGAAACCCAAAACCACCAGGCAGUUUCAUUCGGGAGAGAAUGCCAGCAGUCAGAUAAUUCUGCGUCCCCUUUAAAUGUAACACCAGUAGGUCUUAGAUUUGGGCAGAAAAAUCUGGAGGGAACAGAUGGAUUCUCCGACCCCAUACCCGGACGACUCGCUGGACUAAUUAACCAAUCGGAGCAGAGAAGGAAAAGGAGUGACGCAAGCUCGGGCCAAUGCAGAAAGGAAAAUGUCCCCAUUGAAGUGAUAUCCUGAGGAUGACAAAGUGAGGAAGACAGGGCACACCUAAGGAAUGCAGCAUGCCACAUUUCCCCAGAGAUGCUCUACAGCUGGAGCCUUUUUCCCCUCCAACAGACCUUAUUCUCUCCUGUCCCAUUUGAAUCUGUCGGAGAUUCUCGUAGCGAUCCAACUGAGACGGUAAAAACAUUCCACAGGCACCUCCUAAAUGAAUCGUACUGGUCAGAGGAGCAUUUGCUGGUUAAUUAUUAGGACGGUGGUAAAAACCUGCAGCCACUCAUGUAGACCUUCAACUCAUCCUCGCCUGCUUUUUUUUUUUUUUUGAUAAAAUUGUUGUAUUAUAUGUAAGUAUGUGCAGUAUAAAGUCAUUUUAAAGCUGGGAAGAAAGAUGGCAAAUGACCAUUUCUGCUGCACAUGUCUGCAUGAUCACACCACCUGGCAUGUGCUCAGGCCUCCACAUGUGAUGCCUCCUUAUCUUCCUCUCAGUAGAAUAGGCUCCAUUAAGAACACAUCUGCUUAGACAGGAUGUAGCGCAAAGUCAGUGUAGUUGGGAAAAAAAAUGCAGCUUCUUGUUUGGUCAAUAAUAACAGCGCUUAAGAGAACAUGGAGAGAGCGAUGUGCCGUGCAUGAGCAGUGUGACGAGGACCGUGGGAUAGAAAAACCAGAGGGCUGCACUGGGAAGCAAGAAAAAUUAGGUAUGUUCAGCCUGAGAUCAGAGUUUUCAGCGUCACGAAAGAUCUUUUUAAUCUGAAGCUGCACGGCUAGACCCGCUCUGGAGGAGAUUCUGUUCAGAGUUUGGGGUUUAAAUCAGCUACAAGAAGCCUUUCAGCAAUUAGUUUCCUGACGAUAUUCUCUCCGAGCAGCUGAGGUUUUAUCUGGAAACGAUAUGCAUUCACCAGGAGAUGCAGAAAAUAGAUAAAUAUGUUUUUAUGUUUGGUCCUGCCAAAUCUGUUUCACUGCAGCUAAUAGAGCACAGAUCAGAAAACUGGUUAGAAUAUCCAGUAAAUAAGAUUAAUUUGUCUUUGAUUUGGCCAAAAACUAAAGCGAUCUCCUCCAUUAUAGGACAACGUCAGACCUAAAUUUCUAAGUUUCAGAGCCCUAAAGUGCAGCUGCAUUGAGAAGAAACACAAAUCAACAGUUUUCUACCUGCAUCAGCUGCAGUAAUAGUGAUGCUUUUUUACUCUAAAAUGUAUUUAUAUUCUUCACAGCUCUCCAUUAUAACAACCUGUUCUUUCUGACAGAAGUAGGCGGCGUGUAAUCGGUUCACUUUGUGCAAAAGAUGAGUCACUUUCGGGGUUAAACGCCCUCUUUUAUGUGAGCGUGCACAAAGUGUGGUGAAGAAAACAAUAAAAAGCUGAUAACCGCCGUCACGAUAAACAUCAUCUCUGAUCGGGGGUUUUAGGUUUUGUUGAUCCAGCUUGCACAAACAAAGCCCGGAUAUGUCAAACUUGCUUCGUAGUACACCCGGAUCUGCUCUGGUGAUCUUCCUCCUUUAGCUAGAAGUGUUUGCAUGCCGCUGCUGUUUUCUGCUGUUUCAACACAAUAAACAUGUACUGGGGAAAAAAACAAAAA